UCAGCUUCAUUGGCCAAAAUUAGGGGCUGAGAAGCUGAUCAGGACUGCUAAUUCCUUACCAGAAGCAAACUGGUUCACAAUGGCUUGCAAAUUAAAAAGGAACCACUUAUUUAACUAUGAAAUUGCUGAAGAGGAACUAAAUCGAAUGUUGGAAAAUGACGAUACUGAACAAGAGGAUAUUUUAGAGGUCCAGACUAAAAAGAGACCGAGCGUGAAGCUGCCAAAGUCCAUAUCUAGCGAACAUAAUUUUAAUGAAUUGGCCAAUAAAUGUAUGUUGACUGCUUCUUUGGAAGAUUCUAGGGUGAAAUCUUCAAAAACAGAGUUGGAUACUGAAGUACUCCUACCCCAAAAAACAAUCCAGCAAAUUAUACCAGAUGGAUUAAGAACAGAAAAAUCCUCUCUAGAUGCAGAAUUGAUGGAAAAAUUUGAGAGCUUGAUAAUUAAUCAAGACAUAAUUAUGAAUAACCAGAAACUAAUUCUGGAAAGAGAAGGUCAUUUAUCUUAUCUAGAAAAUAUAAUGCAACUCCUUGCCAAAUUACAAACCAGUAUAGAUGUUAUGGCUAGUCAUUCAAUUAACAAUAACUGUACAUGUAACACUGCAACUCAGAAUAAUAAUAAUAUUGAUGAUAUCUUUUUCGAGCCAAUAGACUCUUUAGCGGUACUUGAGAAACUGGAGGCCAAAUUGGCUAAUAAGAAGGAAAUGGAAGACUUAAUACAAAAGUUUAGUUAUGUAUGUGGAAGAAAGGGAUGUGGAAAUGGAACCAAUAACUGCUAUAUUUUGGUGGACAAAAUAUUCUCUAGAAAAUUCAUGACUCUAUGUUCUUGGGCUGGAGGUGCUAAAGAUCCUGGAAAAGAGAAAAUUCCAUUCAAAUUUUUCAAAAAUGUUAUCGGAUUAUUUUUUCGUGUUGUGAGACUCUCCGAUGAAGAUUUUACCUUGAAAAAUUGCGAAGAGUUUUUCAAGGCUGUCAUCAGAAACUCAACGAAAAGGAAUGAGAGUAGCAUGACACGAACAUCAAGGAGCAAAAGGAGGCCCAAAAGUCUUUCUUACAAGGUAAUGAGAGAACUUUUUUCUUGGCUAUAUUUUUGUGGAGAACUGAUUUAUGAAUGAAUUCACAUAUUAAGAACCCAAAGAUUGAAGAAAGUAAUGUUAUGGAACUAAAUGAAUUAAUCAUCAACGAGGAGAACUUUCUAAGUAGUUAUGUGAGUUAUAUAAUCAAACUUUGGGAGUUUCUUCAAUUUUCUUUCUUUUCAACUUUGUAGGUUCUGGUUGGAAAUGAGGAUUCUACAGGAGUAACAUUAGAAGAGAUGGAACAGGUGAAUGGAGAGGAUAGUGAAAAUGAAUGAGUGCAGAUUAUAAAUUAUUAACUUAUUUUAUUUGAAUAUUUUGUUGAUUUUUAGUUUACAAGAUGAAAAUUAUUUAUUUUCAUGUAAAGUGUGCAAUAAAGGAAUAAAAAAAAAUUCA